AUGGCGGCCCUGACGACGGUGGUGGUGGCGGCGGCGGCCACGGCGGUGGCCGGGGCUGUGGCGGGGGCGGGCGCGGCCGGCGGCAGCGGCGUGGGAGCGGCGCCGGCGCCGCAACAGAGUGAGGGUGGCUUUGGCUCUUCUGGCGGAAUUCGUCCUUUUCAGCUUCAGAACUGGAAGCAGAAGGUCAUCCGGACUCAGAAAGCAGAGUUCAUGCGCACAGCAGAGAGACUGAGAAAUCAAGUUAUUAUCAUAGAAAAAGAUAAACACAAUCAUUUCUACAACCAAAAAAGUGACUUCAGAAUUGAGCAUAGUAUGCUGGAAGAAUUGGAAAAUAAAUUGAUUAACAGCAGGAAAACAGAAAGAGCAAAAAUCCAGCAGCAGUUGGCCAAAAUACAUAACAAUGUAAAAAAGCUCCAGCAUCAGUUAAAAGAUGUGAAACCUACACCUGAUUUUGUUGAAAAGCUGAGAGAAAUGAUGGAAGAAAUUGAAAAUGCGAUUAACACCUUUAAAGAAGAGCAGAGGUUGAUAUAUGAAGAGCUCAUUAAAGAAGAGAAAACAACGAAUAAUGAGUUGACAGCCAUAUCAAGAAGAAUUGACACAUGGACCUUGGGCAGUCCAGAGUCAGAGAAAACUUGCCGAGCACCCUCAAGCAGAGCUCCUGGGCACCGGGCGACACCAGGCACCCUUCCAGAAGAAGUCGUGGAGUUCGAGAGAUUCCUGCAACAGACAGGAGGCCGGCAGGGUGGCUGGGAUGACUGUGAUCACCAGAGCUUCGUGAGGGUGAGGAACAAGCACAGAGGGAGGCCGGCAUUCGUGGGAGAGGCUCUGGAACACCUGCCAGGAAGGACGCAGGAGGAAGUGCAGCAGCACGAGAGAUGGUACCAGAGACUCCUGGCUCUGGAGGAGAGGAAAAAGGAGUCUAUUCAGAAUUGGAAAACUAAAAAGCAGCAAAAAAAGGAGGGAAUUUUCAAGUUAAAGGAAAAGGCGGAUAACGUGCCUGUGCUUCUUCAUGAUGAAGAAGAAGACGGUCAGAAGCAGAAAGAGGAAAAAAGAAAGAAACAGAAAUUGGCAGUUGAAGCUUGGAAAAAGCAGAAAAGUAUAGAAUUGUCCAUGAAAUAUGCUUCCCAGUUAAAAGAAGAGGAAGAGAAAGAGAAGAAGCAGCAGAAAGAGCGCCACCGCCAGCUGAAGCUAAAAUUGCUACUAGAAAGUUACACCCAGCAGAAGAAAGAACAGGAGGAGUUUUUGAGGCUGGAAAAGGAGAGGAGGGAAAAGGCAGAAAAAGCAGAAAAGAGGAAAACUGCCGCUGAUGAAAUUUCCAGGUUUCAAGAAAGAGAUUUACAAAAACUUGAACUGAAAAUUCUAGAUAGACAGGCAAAGGAAGAUGAAAAGGCAGAAAAACAAAGACGACUGGCACAAUUAAAACAAAAGGUUGAAAACCGUGUUGGCAGAGAUCCCUCUAGGCUUUACAAACCUACCAGAGGCUGGGAAGAACGGACGAAGAAGACGGGCCCAGCUGGCUGUGGGCCUCUGCUGCGCAUCCCACACAGGGCCGUUCCAACCUGGAGACAAGGAUUGUAGAGAGAGGAGACAGGGAAAUGAGGAGUCAGUUGACGAGAACGUUGCCAUAUUCAGUUACGCCAGUGGAGAGUGACUAACAUGUUCUUGAAAUCUCGCUGUCCUAGUCAGGUUGUUACUGUGCUGUGAGAGGUGUGAAGUGAGACGUGUUAAGUUCCACACAGUGCUGUCAUGAGCAUGCCCUGUUUCUGCAAGGGGGUAUUUAAUGUAUAUGUUGGCCUGUUAGUGAUAGGAAAGUUAUUUACAUUCAUGUUAACAACAUUAUUCCAUUUAAUACUCAAAACGUUUAAAAAUUAGUGUUCUUUGUCAUAGCAUAACAAAGUAAAUUUGGGCAAUCAGACAUUUUUAAGUCAAAAUUUUGUAACUUUUAUAACUUGUAGCAAGUUAGCUUGAGUAACAGAAAUGUCAAGUGGUUUUGUUUUUCGAGUUAAACAAUACUUUGACAAACUAAACAAACUUAUUUUUCAGUUGUUAAACUUUGGGGUAAUAAAUAUUUUGUAUUUGUUUCCAGCAUGCCUUGUUUUAUAUGAGACUAUUUUAAAAAUAUGCCUCAGAUCUCUGGUGUGCUUUACUUGUAUUUCUGAUACAAUCUUUUUUAUUUCAUUCAGCGAUUCCAGAUUUCCCUUCGGCCUUUCUGGACUUCACAUAUUUAUAAAAUCUUUGU